AGAUGAGUGUUGAUAUCCUCUGACUCUUUUAAUGCCAUUACAGAGGAGCUGCAGCCUGUUAUUUCCCAAACUCACCUCCUGUCAUUUUUUGCAGAGUUUCAAAAUUGUCUUCAGUUACCUAGAAACCCCUGUAAGGAGAUGUAAAUGCUCUGGGUUAAAGCGAGGCGAGGUGUGCGGGCAGAAAUCACAGAGCUCUUACUGGGUCAACAGCUGAUGCUGCAGAUGAGCUUUGAAGAAAACAGGCAGGCUUCUGGGCACAGCAGGGCACCAAAGGCAUCCUGGGACGUGGGCUGUCUCUCAUGCCUUGUCUCACUCUUCUCCCCUCCUAAAACCUUCUCCUGAAGGAUGGCAGCCGCCUCUUUCCGCUACGGCCUGACCAUCACGGGGGCGGUGCUGCUGGUGACGGGGACGCUGUGCUUUGCCUGGUGGAGUGAUGGGGAGGUGGGCUCCAGCAGCGGGGCUCGCCUCCUGCCUCCCCGAGAGGCCGAGGCCGUCCCCAGCUCCUCGUCCUCCAGCGCCCUGCUCCGCUCCGUCAGCUUCUUCUGCUGCGGCAUCGGCGGCAUCCUCCUCAUCUUCGGCCUCCUCUGGUCCGUCAAGGCCAACGCCAGGGUGGUGUCCCGGCGCUACCAGUACCAUUUCCCCAGGGACCUGCAGUAUUUCACGGCGGAGCCUCCGGAGAAGUGGAACUGCAGCUCCUGGGACGCCAGUGCCAUCCCCACCUAUGAAGAAGCCCUGACCUGCAGACCUGCCCACGGUGCCCCAGCCUAUGUGCAGCCGCCGGGGAGGAAGGAGGAGCUCACGCCGCCCCUGUACCGCUACCUGGAGGAGGACGAGGGCUGGCAGGGCGGCCGCCGGCGCAGCUCCUCCGACAGCGCCUUGUUCCGCCCCAGCCCCUCCUGGCUGGACACGGCACAGCCCGAGCAGCAGCAGGCAACGCCUCCCCCGAGCUAUGAGAACAUCCAUGAGAGCAUCCGUGAGAGCAUCCAUGAGAGCAUCCAUGAGAGCAUCCAUGAAAACAUCCAUGAGAGCAUCCGUGAGAGCAUCCGUGAGAACAUCCAUGAGAACAUCCAUGAGAACAUCAGUGUCCGGGGCUCUGAGCUGGGGCUGCCCCGUUCGGGACUCUGCGGGCGGCUGCCCAGUCCCUCAGCUUUAAACUGAGCCUCUUCACUGGGGGGUGAGAGGAGGGUGGGGAGGAGUGGGAAGGGCAGCCUGGCUCUCCUGGCUGUCCAGUGAUGUGUCUGGAGCUGCUGGGAUGGUGGAUCCUGUGUUCAGAGCGUCGGGGAUAACUGGCAUGUUUAAAAACUUUCGUAUUUUUAAUAAAACCACUGCUGGUUUCA